CCAUGUAUAUUAGAACUAGGGUUAAAAUCACACAAUUGGGUUAAGGUUAAGAAGGACAGCCACAGAAACCCAGAUUUUUAUUAUCAACAGUCAUCACUGCUCAUCAUCAUCAUCAUCAUCAUCAUCAUUCUCUUCUUCUUCUCUUCUACCACCUUCUCUUCCUCCUCCACCACCUUCUAUCCCUCCUCCGUCUCUAUCUCUCACCCCACCUCAAAAAUACAAACCCAUCAUCCGUUUUCCCUUUACAAACCCCACCACCAUCACUUCCAUGGCUGCCUACAUCACUACCAACCUCUACAAAACCCUAAUUGCAUAAGCCACCCUCCACCUUCAUAAAUCUUAAAUUCUUGCUUUUCUGCUUUUUUAUUCUUUAUUUUACUUCCUUUAUUUUUUUUUCCUUAAAACUACAAUUAAAUGUUUGAGCCAUGGACAUAGCCCCAACAACAACCUCCAUCACCAACACAAAUACCCCAACUGCAAAAUCUCCUGACCAGGAAACGGAAACGCCUACCCGGAUCCAAUCAGCUAAGCCUGUAUCUUUCACCAACGGUGUGCUCAAACGCCACAAUCCCCACCACCACCACCACCAUCUUUCUGCUCCUCCGGUAGUCGUAACUUACAAAGAAUGCCUCAAGAACCACGCUGCUUCCUUGGGCGGUCAUGCUCUAGAUGGCUGUGGAGAGUUCAUGCCUUCCCCCAUUGCUAACCACAACGACCCCACUUCCAUAAAAUGCGCUGCCUGCGGUUGCCACCGCAACUUCCACCGCCGUGAACCAGAAGAUUCCCCUCCCCCUGCCAAUACCACCACCACCAUUGAGUACCAGCCCCACCACCGUCACCAUCCUCCGCCCCCACCUCCACAAGCAGUACCACAACCUUAUCGAAGCCCCAAUUCUGCCUCUCCUCCGCCGAUCUCCUCAUCGUACCCCUCAGCGCCACACAUGCUGUUGGCGCUCUCAGGUGGUGUAUCUGCAGGUUUAAAUGGCAAUUCAACUAUAAACGUUCCAGGUGGUUCUUCGGCGAGAAAACGUUUCAGGAGCAAGUUUAGCCAGAGCCAGAAAGAGAGAAUGUACCAUUUCGCAGAGAGAGUUGGAUGGAAGGUGCAGAAAAGGGAUGAGGAAUCGAUUCAAGAAUUCUGCAAUGAAGUUGGGGUUGACAAAGGCGUGUUAAAAGUGUGGAUGCAUAAUAACAAGAACACUUUCGGCAAAAGGGAUGCUAAUGGGAAUGGAAUUAGAAGCAAUGAUCUUGAAAACACCCACGACACCACCACAACCACCAACAACAAUAACAGCAGUGACAUCGUGGAUCAUCACCAACUCUUUGAGAAUGAUAAUGUUGCUCAUGUCUGCACUAAUGGGUCGUCUUCAUCUUCUUGAUCUUUUGAUGUGGAAGAUGAUGAUGACGAUAAUAAAUGUUAGCUAGAUAUAUAGAGAGUAAGCACGGUUGUAGUUGUUUUCUUCUUUCUAAUUUCACUUCAGUUCUUUCUUUCAUCUUCUGGUUUUUUUUAGUUUAAUUAGUGACGAUCUUCACUUUGAUGAGGGUAACAUGGGAGAGAAGAGAUUGAUCCAAAGGGAAAAAGGAAAACAUUUUUAAUUUAAGGUUCUUUAAUCUGUUUUCUUGUU